AUGGAUUCGCUUAAUGUUUCGGAUUUGUUUAAUGUGAAAGGGCGUGUUGCAGUUGUAACCGGUGGGAGUAGUGGAAUAGGAUUGAUGAUCUCCAAGGGACUAGUGCAAAAUGGAGCUAAGGUCUACCUGGUGUCGCUACCAAGUGACCCCCUCGCAGAGGUAGUCGAGGAACUGAACAUACUGGGACAGGAAACGGGUGGACAUGCCGAAGGAAUUGCCUGUGAUAUCUCAUCAAAAGACUGCAUUAAGCAACUUGCCGAGGAAAUUUCCCAAAAAGAGAAAGCCCUAGACAUGCUAAUAUCCAACGCUGGCAUCCGCCGUGACCCUCCACAAUCCUGCAAUGUUCUCACUGCGUCACUGGAAGCACUUCAGGCCUCAAUGUGGUCUAUUGAACAAGAAGACUGGGAAGAUACAUUUCGCGUCAACACCACCGCCCAUUACUUUCUCAGUAUUGCUCUUCUCCCACUACUUGCCGCGGCUGCCGAUCAGCCGAUAGGCGAUGGACGCAAGGGCCGAGAUGAAGGGCGAGGAGUAAUUGUAGUCACGAGUUCCUGUGCAAGCAUGCACAAUGUGACGAAUGUGGAUCUGACAAGCUAUGCGACGAGCAAAGCAGCCACGGACCACCUGGUAAGAUUAUUGGCGGCCAAAUAUAAUCGGUUUUACGUGCGUGUGGUAGGGAUUAAUCCUGGAUUUGUUCCGAGCAACAUGAAUCCCGUUGGCGCGGAGGGGAACAUCUUCAGCUCCUUGUUUGAUAAGGUUCCAGCGAAGAGGGCAGGCUGUGCUGAAGAUAUUGCUGGAACGGUGUUAUACUUAGUGAGCAAGGCAGGGGCAUAUGUUGAUGGUGUCUCUCUCUGUGUGGAUGGUGGUCGGAUCUUGCUAGCAAAUGGGCAGGAGUGA